AUGGCCGCCACCACCGCCGUAUCCAUGGCGAUGUCGCCGAUCCAAGCCAGCCAGAAGAGGCUGCCGGCCGCGGACGCCUUCUUCAAGCCGCUGACCCUGCGGACAUCCAGAGCAUGUCCGGCGGGGUCGAGGACCGCCGGAAGGUUCGAGGUGAGGGCCUCCCUGAAGGAGAAGGCCGUCGCAGGGCUGACCGCCGCCGCGCUUACCUCGUCCAUGGUGGUUCCCGACGUGGCGGAGGCGGCCAGCGGCGUCUCUCCGUCUCUGAAAAACUUCCUUCUGAGCAUAGUGGCCGGAGGGGUCGUCGCCGCCGCUAUCGUCGGCGCCGUGAUUGGUGUAUCCAAUUUUGACCCCGUCAAGCGGAGCUGA